ACCUUCGUUUUACGCAUGCGUGAGGCUGCGGUGCAAUCUGGGUAUCGGCUUGUCCUUGCUUCAGUGGCCGGUUUCGCGGACAUGUUCCCCGCCAGGAUCUGCUCGCUCCUCCGCCCCGGGGUAGUGUCCCGGACCUGGGCCGUGCUCGCUCGGGGCUAUGCCGAGGCGGCGGCGGCGUCGGCUUCGGCAAAUAAGAUGUCCUUUACGUUUGCCUCUCCGACCGAGGUGUUUUAUAAUAAAGCCAGUGUUAAACAAGUUGAUGUACCAACACUGACUGGAAGCUUUGGUAUUCUACCGUCUCACGUGCCCACGCUGCAGGUGCUAAAACCUGGAGUCGUCACUGUCUUUGAUGAGGAGGGUGGACAGAACAAGUAUUUUGUGAGUAGUGGUUCUGUGACCGUGAAUGCAGACUCCUCAGUUCAACUUUUAGCUGAAGAGGCAACAGCUCUGGAGAAUUUGGAUGUCACGGCUGCAAAGGCCAACCUGGAAAAAGCGAACACUGAACUUUUAUCCGCCACUAAUGAGGUAGAACGGGCUGAAGCCUUAAUUAAUAUAGAAGCAAAUGAAGCAAUUGUUAAGGCACUGGAAUAGCUUGACUUUUGGGGUGAAGAGAAUGUCAUGAAACUGUUCGACCAUUUGGGAAGAAGACCAAAACUUUGUACAGUAAAAUGGAUUGAAUUUAUCUGAAUAAACAUCUAAAACAA